GUAAGUGAGAGCGAGAGAGAGCAACGAGAAGUCGAUGAAUGAGAGAUCGUGCAUAGGAAGAAAAUGAGAGACAGCACGACCGGCAUCCAGUUACAAUACAGUAGCGCACAGCAAGCCUUUAUCACGAAGCUAUGAACAACAUCUCUAUUCACACCUAGUGCUUUGGCUCUAAUGAUAUAUUUUUUUGUUUGAAGAGAUAUAAAGAUCUUGUUCUUCUUCGGUUCAAAACAUUCCUUACACGUAGGCUUACGAAGAAAUCGUGAUACCCUGAAGAAGAUUGACGAGCGAAAGAGAGCGAGUUCUCAGCGAAAAUAUAUCGUCGGAAAUCUUCGUCGUUGUCGUCAUAGACUAGCUUUUUUUUGGCAAAUCGUUCCUAGCUUGCUACUCCAUUCACAACCUAGCUUGCUUCCAUUUACUCCAUUCACUUGUUACUCCAUUCUGCUGAGUUACAGUUUAGUCCAUGGUGAUUUCAUCUUGACCUUGAUUGAGUAGAUGAACAAGUAUUUUUAUGAUUCAGUAAACAAAGAACUCCACCCUUCAAAUGAGGACAAGAACAAACUUCAUCGUUACCAUCCAAAAUCGUAGGAUUAUCUAUCGUUGCAACUACCGCUACGUAGUUGUAACUGUUUCAAAACAGUUUCAGUUAUCGUCAAGAGUUGAUUGUUUGUUCAUGACAGCCUUGUAGCAGAGGUAGAAAAGCAACAUGCCGCAGCCAUAUUCUUGGCUGAAGCUGCAAAAUGCAGGUUCAGUCAGCGUUUCGCCCCGUGCGGGGCACACAAUCACGAGUACGAACUUCGGUUUUGUCCUCUAUGGUGGGAUGGAUGGUAGAAGGAACGACCAAGGAAACCCGAGUCCGAACUCCGACCUCUACCUUCUCAAACUGGUACCCUUCUAGUCGCUGUGAAAGGAGAUUAUUGUGCUUGGUAGGAUGUCGUACCUGCUCGGUCUUCGAUGAAUUUAUAAGUUCACUGUAGUUUUUGAUUUCUUCUUGUGGUAUCCCUUGCUUACUAAAGAAAAAUCCUAUCAUCCCAAAUAUAUAUCUUUAUCCACUUUCCUCAAACAGCCGAGCAAAGGCAUGUAUGAGUGGCAGAUGAUAGAAUUGGACCCAGCUAGUGGAAUUCCGCCAGCGCGAACAUUACACUCUGCGACGUGCAAUGGAGAAGAAGUAGUAGUUUUCGGUGGUAUCCACAGUGCUACACCAUACCAGUGCCUGAACGAUGGUUGGGUACUCGACACCGAGCAAAUGGAAUGGAAGAGAAUCCAGUUCAAUUAAGGCUAGUCUAAAUCAUGUGAUGAAGUGGGGUUUUUUGUUUUUUGACAAGAACAUCCUGAAGAGCUAUCAUCUUCCUUGAAAAAAACUCAGAUUCGGACAACGAUGACGAUAAGAAUGAUGCUUUCCGUCCUCUAAUCCAAAGCUAGCUUGACUGGGCAGAAGGGUAGCUACAGCCGACGUAUGACCGGUUUGAUCCAGGAUCGACCCGCGCCGGCGUCUGUGCAGGCAGCUAUUCUAGGUAGGAGGGGAUCAGCAUCCAAGCUGAUGAUGGGAAAGAGUAGCAAGCUCGGGUUUACUGACCUCGCAGGUGGGGCCGCUCUUGCGUCUAGACAAAGCAAAAUGCAACCAAGUGCAGGCUCCGCUAGCGGAUCCAAGAUGUACCUAUUCUUGUGCGGAUUAUACUUCGUGAAACAAAAAUCACAUCAUUUAGAUUCGUGAAGUUUCAUUUGGAAAUUCAGUUUCUGGUUUCUGUAAAUAUUGAUGAAAUAGAAAGAUGUGUGAUUCAUUCUGAAAAAUUUUGUAGUACAGCUAUGUAUAGAUCAUGUACCCCUCUGUAGAAAUCCCCGAGAGCCGUUCUCAAACGAGAAUCGUGCCUUUUUUUUCGCCCUCAAACGAGGAGCUGUGAAUACCAAUGAGAUUAUUUGAGUUCAGCAAAAAAAGUUUCUUCAAGAUACAAUUGAUAGGAUAAACCGAUACUAGUUCUACCCAUCUGAUAUUUUUUUACCGCUUGGGAAUAUUGUGAAAACCAACAGCAAGCGGGGCGGUGGUGGUUCCAAGAGCUGGAAAGAUAUGUUGAAAGCUAAGAUGAACGCAGGAGCAGGCGGAGGCGCUCCUUCGAGAUGUAAGAAAUGUUUUGAUUUUUUUUUGAUGACCCCGACCAGGAUCGGUAUAAGGAUUGAGGAAUCCACACCAAAAGGAUUCGCCACCACAAGGUGAUGAAACAAAAACAGGAGGAGUUUUCUGUUGUGUAGCGGACCGCUUGCAGUGGAGCGCCUGUGUGAUACGAACCUCACUUUAUGAUCAGCCUGUGCCAACGCUCCAAGAGCAGUGCAGGGCUUUUUUUUCUUCCGAGCGGCACCAAGUGCACGUCUCGCGCUGUGCCCGCUCUCCACCCCUCUUUCUCUCUCCUGUCCCUAACAAGACGAACAUUUGUGCCAAAUCGUUUGUCUAUCUCAAACCUGACGCGAAAUCCUCUUCCUACCUUCCUCCUCUAGGAGUGGCCUUGCCGGUCGCAUCGGGGGGAAAUCCACCUGGCAGAGCGUCUUGAAGAGUAAAAUGAACCUCGGCGUGCGAACUUCCGUGAGCAAGGAAGGUGCGAGUGGGUUGUCUCGAUUCACAAUGCAUUGAUUCUACAACAAGCAGGAUAUUGACUUUGGACAGGAUUUGGAUGUCACAGAAUGAAGUUGAAAAAAAAUUACACGGAAUAAUUCGAGGAGUGGACGCUUCUAUUUUCAACGAAUAAGAACCUCUAUCGAAAACCAGAAUCCACUCCAGUAUUUUCUCAACAAAUGAUUUGACACUACGUAUAAGUACGUGUUUCCGACCUUUUUUCUCUCAUAACUAUAUGUACUAAAACAUUCCUCUUUCAUCUUUCAUCACAGCACAAAACGAGGCCGGCGGCGGAGGAGCUGCAGGAUUUCACUCCGACUUGGUGAAUGUGGUGAGUCAGGGUUUUUCGAAUAUGGUUGACACUAGUGAUCAGCCUUCAAACGUGCCGACGCAGCGUGCAAACCACACGUUGUCGCUGAUUCAAGAGUCGUCGGUAGCGCUCUUCGGCGGUCACGGUGGUAGCGGGUACACGCGUAAAGCGUUCAAUGAUACGUGGGUGCUGAACUUAGACAACAACAGGUGGACACAACUUGUCUGCCAAGGUAACCCACCUGCACCUAGAAGUGGACACAGGUACUUUAUAAAUAUAAAUAUGAAGAAGAGAUCGUAAAUCAUGAUCACCUGCGACGUCGGCAUUGGCACAUGUUGUUUCGGAAAACGUUUCAUUGCAAGAAGUGGAGUUGGUUGUUUUCCGUGUAGCCGUGGCUGUCAGCUGCGUUAUGAUGUAUGCCAAGAGUCGUGUAAAAUGAUCGGAUUCUGAACUUCUGACAGUGCUUUCGCGAAGGACGGGUGCCUGUUCAUUUUCGGUGGUUGGAACAACGACGGACAGUUUAACGACUUUUUCAUGUUGGACGUCGAAAAUAAGGACUGGACCGACAUGGAUUUGAACUGGAGCGUGCCCCGAUGGAACCACUGCAUGCAGCUGGUAGAGGCGAUUCCGUCUUGGCGCGUGUUCAUUUUUGGCGGUUCCGCGGAUUCCUUAGGUACCGGACGUAGCUUGGGUGUGGUGGACGAUAAGCUUGGUUGCUUGUUGCUGGCGGAUAAGUUUGAGUGGUCGACGCCGACGCUCGAAAACAAGGCCAACGAUGCAAGAAUUCCGCCGCGUGAGCACACCGCAAUCUGCUACGACAAAGAGGAGUCCCGGUUGAUCUUCUUCGGCGGUUGGGCCAACAAGUGGCUGGAUGACUGCUGGCAGAUUAACGUGUCCUCGAUUGUCGGCCCACCGUACGCGGUGAUCGGCAUCAAGCCGCAUCUGGGUCCGGUCAGCGGCGGGCAGAAGGUGCAGAUCUCGGGUAUCGGCUUCCGCUCGACCCAGGGACAAGUCGUAGUGCGCUUUAUCACGCCGAAAUUCUACGCGGAGAGCCAGGGAACAGUCAUCGACGACGAACUGAUAGAAUGCAACACGCCGGAUGUUGUGCAGACGAUUGGUCCAAAGGACUGCGAGGUGCGCCUUGCGAUCGGUAUCCGCGAUUUCACCACCACGAUGGUAAAGUACAAGUACUUCCUGAACACUAUCGCGGAAAAGAGUUUGUGCUACGGUCCCGGUCUGCAGGAGGACCAGCAGGCGGGCGCACCAGACCGCUUCACGAUUCAGGCAAUCAACGAACUGGGCGAAAACCGAACCAGCGGUGCGGACGAGUUCCGCAUCACGCUGCAAAAGAAGAUUCCGAUCAUCGAAGAGGGCGCAGCCGAAGACGCGCCGGUGAAAUACCGGUUCGAAGACGCGCCCUUCGAGUUCAUCGACCACGAUACGGGCAAGUACGAAGUGGUCUACACUCCUGACGAGGCCGAGUACAAGAUCGAGGUCUUCCUGAAGGGCGACAACGAGAAAGAAUACAAAAUUCGAGGUACGCCGUUCAUGGCCAGCGCUGUUUCGGCGGCAAAGAACCGAGCAAACGACUACACGGGUCCGCUCAUGGUCAACUUUGUUUCUUCUACGAUGAAAGCGCUGGACGAAUACGCCAAGUCUACCGAUGCAGGAAUCCAUGCCAAGAUCAAGGACGGCGAUGUGCGUGGUCUCAUCAAGAUCAAGAACCACAUCCAAGAAACGGAAGACAAACGCGAAUACUUGCAGAGAAAACAGGACGAGGUACUGCUUACAACACUAUAAUUGAUUCUACUGGGAAGUAUUAGAUAUAAAUGCAGUGUCUCCACAUCCUUCUUGCUUGCCUUCUCGUCCUCAAGUCAGUUCGUCCUUCGAUUCUUCUUUCUUACUACCUUUCCCUUUGAUAAUCAAAUGUGGUUUAUAUAUAAACUACGAAGUUAUAAUUUCAUCAGUCGAGGAUUUACUUUUUUCGUGAAGUACUUAGACUGAAUACUUAAUUAGAUUAGGACCCUUGCACUUUUCAUGUUGUGAGAUAUCUUCUUUCUACUUUGCAGGAAGAAUAAUGUCGCGGAAGAAAAUUGUAGGCUCUAGUAAUAUGUCUCCUAUCUCGUCCCCGUGUGUCCGUGAACGUGAUCUAUACACCCUUCUUUGGUGACUCCUCCAGAUUUUCGCGUCCUUGAAGCACAUGGAGAAAGAGGGCAUUCCUUCGGACAAGCAGUUCAAGCUGCUGAAGAAGAUUGGAGACUCUAUCAACGUUUUGCACGAGAGCUGCGCAGUGGUUGCGAAGGAAAUCGCUCCAAUGGUGCAGCGCGAGUCCGACAUCUACCAGAAGAAGAUCCACGAAUUCGAGGAAGAACUGAAAAACUACGUCGGCGGCCUGCGCAAGGAGGCUUACUACUACUACAAGAGUGGUCUCGAGUUGGCCUACGAGCGCUGCGACGGCGUCGACAAGGAGCACGCCAACUUCACGGCGACGUUGGACUUCUUGUUCCACAUCGCGAGCAACUUCGAUUAUCCCGGCAUGGUGAACGCGAGCAAGAAGCUGCUGGCGGCGAUCAAGGAGGACAGCACGUGCAUGCGCUCCUUGUGGGUCUUCGAGCAAAUGCGUAUCGAGAAGACAGAGGAGUUCUUGAACGCGCGCUUCUUCGAGAUCAAGCCCAUGGACAUGGAGGACGAAAUCAAGGCGUUGGGAAAGAAGUUGAGGGAGGUGAAGGUGGACCGCAAGUGCGAGGCGUUCUUGGGUAUUCAAGAAAUCUUGAAAAAAUGGACUGUCUUUUGCCCGCUGGUGGCGGAGCUGCGCGACCCCGCGAUGCGACAGCGCCACUGGAUCCAGUUGAUGGGCCUCACGGGAAAGUCGGUGACCAUCGACAAGAAUAUCUUGUUACGCGAUAUGUGGAAUAUGGAACUGCACAAGACCCCAGAUGCAGUCGAGGAAACGGCGGAUCAGGCCAAGCAGGAGGCAAAGAUGGAGGUCACGCUCGGCAAGCUGAACGCCGCGUGGUCCGUAGUAGAGUUCGGGUUCGAGACGCACAAGCAGACCGAUAUUAUGCUCAUGAAGGUGAAGGACGAGGACUUCGAGAUGCUCGAAGAGAAUCAGGUGGCCGUGCAGAACAUGUUUGCGUCGCGCUACCUGGCCACUUUCGAGACCGAGAUCACGACCUGGCAGAAGACGCUGGCCAACAUUGCGGAGGUCUCGAACGUGAUGUCCGAGGUGCAGCGCUCUUGGGCGUUCUUGGAGAACUUGUUCAUUCAUUCCGAGGAGGUAAAGAAGGAGCUGCCGGACGAGAGCGAGCGCUUCGUCGGCAUCGACGCGGAUGUCAAGGAGUUGUUGGCCAAGGGUUUCAAUGUGAAACUAGCCAAAGAGUUCUGCAACGAACCGGGUAUGUACGGAAAGCUUGAGAAAGCGCAAACACAGCUCACAAUGUGCGAGAAAGCGCUCAACGAAUUCAUGAACGGAAAGCGACGAGCCUUCCCGCGUUUCUACUUCAUGUCCAGCGCAGAUCUGCUCGACGUGCUCUCCAACGGUACAGUUCUAAUCAUGUCCGUUGACCUUAUUUAUAGGCCUAGGCAGAUUUUAUCUUGAAGAUGCUUAAAGAUGCUCUCCUUGAUUUAACAUUCAUAUGGAAAGCUCGCCACGUAGUUCCAAACUGGAGACGAAAGUGAAAUCGUAUUCAAUCUUUAUUUUCUAUGUCUUCAUUUCCUAUAAUACGCGCUUUAACCUUCUUUCCAGGUAAUAACCCGGCUAAGGUUGUGCCGCAGUUCCCUAAGUUUUUCAUCGCAAUCAAUUCGUACAAACUCGAGUACCCAGAUGGCGAGAACAAGCGCCCUCACGCAGUUGGGAUGGACGCGUGCGUCGGUGUCGAGUACGUGCCCUUUCCAGAGCCGUGUCCCUUGGUCGGUAAGGUCGAGAUCUAUCUCGACAAGUGCAUUGAGGCGUUCCGCUACUGCCUCGCGUACUACACGAAGCACGACAUGCAGAAGUACAUCGAUAUGGAGUGCCACCUAGGCGGGGACCGCCGUGGUAAGUGGCUCUGUGACCCGGAGAUCGGCGUGGGCGCGGCGCAGGUUGCUCUGCUCGUGGAUUUGAUCACGUGGGUGAUGUUGGUCGAAGGCGGUUUUGACGCGGUCGCUGCUGGUAACAGCAAUGGCGUGUCUAACGCGGCUGACGUGCAGGCCAACUUGGUGGUCGACUUGAUUAAGAUGACCAUGGGCGAGCUGACCAAGCCGAUGCGAACCAAGGUUAUGUGCAUGAUCACAUUAGAUGCGCACAAUCGUGAUGUCCAGACACGCCUGGUGAAUGACGGAGUGACAGAGCCCACAGCAUUUCAGUGGCAGAGUAUGUUGAAAUGCUACUGGGUGGAAGAAGUGGAUGACGCCCGCCUCAAAAUUGCCGACGCUGUCUUUCCCUACGGUUACGAGUACCUGGGGAACGGGCCCCGAUUGGUUGUCACGCCGCUUACGGAUCGUAUUUACGUCACGGCGACGCAGGCGUUGCACUUGUGCAUGGGCUGCGCACCGGCUGGACCAGCCGGUAAACUUGAUACUAAAUGGCGUAGCUCGUAGUUAUUGAAGAGCAGGGUCUGGUCAAAAUGUGUUUUUAUAGGUCAUGGUAGUUAUAAAAGAUAACUAACACAAUGACAAUGUCUCCGAGAUCACUAGCAGUUGAGAUUACUCUGAAAAAUUCACUACCAUCAUCCCAGGUACGGGUAAGACCGAGUCGACUAAGGAUCUGGCAAACGCGUUGGCGAAAGCUUGCUACGUGAUUAAUGCAGCUCCCGAGAUGGACUACUUGACUAUGGGUAACAUUUUCAAGGGUCUCGCUGCGUCGGGUUCCUGGGGUUGCUUCGAUGAGUUCAACCGGCUCGUUCCGGAGGUGCUCUCGGUGUGCACGGUGCAGUUCAAGGCAGUGUGCGACGCCGUGAAGGCGCGCUCCAGGCGGUUCAUCCUGCAGGGAGACGAGAUCAACCUGGACCCGCAAGUCGGAGCUUUUAUUACGAUGAACCCGGGUUACCUCGGUCGAUCCGAGCUGCCGGAGGGUCUGAAAGCACUGUUCCGACCAAUCACAGUGAUGGUGCCCGAUUUCCGUCUCAUCAUGGAGAACAUGUGUAUGGCGGAAGGUUUCACCGAAGCCGGCGCACUGGGUCUCAAAUUUUCCACGCUUUACGCUUUGGCCGCGGAUCUGCUGUCGAAGAGCAACAAGUACGAUUGGGGCAUGCGCGCGAUCAAGAGCGUGUUGGUUGUCGCCGGUGGUUUCAAGCGCGCAGAUCCGAGUCUGCCGGAACAGGCCGUGUUGAUGCGCUCCCUGCGUGAUACCAACGAGGCCAAGAUCGAGGGUGAUGACUUGAUCAUCUUCAUGGGUCUGCUGGCGGAUCUGUUCCCCGGCAUCAACGUGCCGCGUGCGCGCGACUACGAUUUCGAGGCCAUUAUUGUCACCGCGCUGCAGGAGGACUUCGGCUACACGCACGACUCGGAGGGCUACCUGCUGCUCAAGAUCACGCAGAUGGUCGAGCUUUUGGGUAUUCGCCACUGCAUCUUCUUGAUGGGGAACCCGGGCAGCUACAAAAGCGCCUUGUGGAAGAUCCUUUCAAAGGCGAAGACGCGCGUGGGCGACAAGACCACGGUGGUCGACUUCUCGCCGAAGGCGAUCUCGACCAACGAGUUGUACGGCUACGUGAACAUGUCCACCCGCGAGUGGAAGGACGGCAUCUUCUCCAAGACCAUGCGAGACUUGGGUCAAAUCCCGGACACACAUCCGAAGUGGAUCAUUCUGGACGGCGAUUUGGACGCGAACUGGAUCGAGUCCAUGAACAGCGUGAUGGACGACAACCGUCUGCUCACGCUUCCGUCCAACGAACGCAUUCCGCUGAAGCUGAACAUGAAGCUGAUCUUCGAGAUCCGAGAUCUGAACUACGCCACGCCGGCCACGGCUACGCGUGCCGGUAUCGUGUGUAUGGCCGAUGUCGAUGGCGUCCAGUGGCGCAGUUACGUGAACAGCUGGAUCAAUCGACUGGACCCGAUCUGGACCCCAGCUGCGAAGGAUCAGCUACGCAAGUACUGGGAAAAGUACCUGCCAGAGUCGCUACUGUUCAUCAAGAAGCAGGCUAAGGUCCAGGUGCCGAUGUACGACAUCGCGCCGGUGAUGGUCAUCUGCAGCCUGCUCGACUCUCUCAUCAAAAAACCGGAUCAGUUCGACUCUUUGGAGUACUGGUUCGUGUUCUGUGCGGUAUUCGCGAUUGGCGGUUGCCUCGCUGAGGUGGACGGUAUAGACUACCGAAAGAUGUUCUCCACGUGGUGGAAAAACGAGAUGAAGACCAUCAAAUACCCCUCCAAGGGCACAGUCUUCGACUUCUUCAUCAUGGUACUACAAGCUUAGAAACCUUCUAGACACCGCUUACACUAUUUCUUGCAUGGUCGUUUGCGGUCAGCAGGGGUUGUUAGUUCUCUAUUUUAACUUUAAACUAACACUUGCUUACGCAUAUUUCGCGGAUACAUUUGACGCACUUUCCUUUUAUCAAAUUUUGCUGUAGGAUGCGCGACUGCAAGAGUGGUCGGCCAUUUUGGAGACAAUCGAUUACGACAGCAAGACGCCUAUGGGACAGGUGACGGUGCCGACAACGGAGACGAUUGCGCUUUCGUAUGUGAUGCGCGCGCUGAUCGAGGUGAAAGCGCCAGUGAUGUUGAUCGGGGCGGCAGGUUGCGGCAAGACGCAGGCGUGCAACGGUUUAUUGAAGUCUUUGGAUCCGGAGUUGUUCUGCAGCCACAACAUCAACAUGAACUUCUACACCGACUCAACGCUGCUUCAGGCAAUGAUGGAGUCGCCGCUGGAGAAGAAAGCGGGUCGACUGUAUGCGCCAACAGGGAAGCUGCACAUGAUUUAUUUCGUGGACGAUUUGAAUAUGCCGGCGUUGGAUCCCUACAACACGCAGACGUCGAUCGAGUUGAUGCGUCAGAAGCAGGACUACAACCACUGGUUCGACCGUGCCAAGAUUACGCUGAAGGACAUCGGCAAUACGAGUUACUUGUGCGGCAUGAACCCGACCGCGGGUUCCUUCAUCAUCAACCAGCGUCUGCAGCGGCACUUCUGGACGGCGGCGGUGCCGUUCCCGGAGCAGAGCGCGCUGACCACGAUCUACACCACGUUCAUGAAGGGUCACUACGAGAAGUUGCCCUUCAAAGCCUCGGUCACCGAAGUGGUCACGUCCAUCAUCAAGGGUGCGCUCUCGCUGCACUCGCAGGUGAGCAGCACGUUCCGCAAGACCGCUGCGAACUUCCACUACGAAUUCAAUGUGCGCCACUUGUCCGGUGUCUUCGACGGCAUGCUCGCAGGGAAACCCAAGGAGUUCACGGACGCCGAGAAGCUCGUGCUGCUGUGGUUGCACGAAAGCGAGCGCGUGUACGGCGACCGACUGGUGAACCCGCAGGAUCUGAAGAAGUACCGCGCCUUGGCCGCAGAGCUUUCGAAGAAGAUGUUCAACAAGUACAACUUCACCAAGUAUUUUCAAGAGAAGAACCCAGAAAUGCUCGUUUUCGUGCCCUUCUCGCAGGGUCUCGAGCGCAUGGAGGAGGGGAUCAUCUACGACAAGCUGAACGGCGUGGCCGCUUGCCAGACGCUCCUCAAUGGCGCCUUGGACCAAUACAACGAGAACAACGCGGCCAUGGACUUGGUGCUCUUCGAGGACGCUAUGAAGCACGUGGCGAAGAUCACCCGUAUCAUUACGAAGCCAAGUGGUCACCCGCUCCUGGUGGGUGUGGGCGGCAGCGGGCGCCAGUCGCUUUCUCGCUUGAGUGCCUACGUGUGCCUUUGCACCACGAUCAUGAUCGUCAUUUCCGGCGCCUACGGCAUGAACGAUUUGAAGACUGAUUUGCAGGUCAUGUACCAGAAAGCCGGAGUGAAGGACGAGGGCGUGAUGUUCCUCUUCACGGAUGGUCAGAUCACGAACGAGAAAUUCUUGGUGUACAUCAACGAUUUGCUGUCGUCCGGUGAGAUCGCUGAUCUUUACGCGGCAGAAGACAAGGACGUAAUUAGAAACGCUGUGCGCUCGGGCUGCAAAGCGGAGGGUAUCCCGGACACACCCGACAACCUGUGGACCUUCUUCAUCUCGCGGAUCAAGAAAAACCUCCACAUGUCGUUGUGCUUCUCUCCCGUCGGCGAGGCCAUGCGAAAUCGUGCGCGAAAGUUCCCCGGUCUGGUCAACUGCACAGUCAUCGACUGGUUCCAGCCGUGGCCGGCAGACGCGCUGUACGAUGUCGGUCAGAAGUUCCUUGCGCCGAUUGAGGAGUUGGGCCCGGAGGACGGCACCACGCGCGCGGGGAUCGUGCAGUUUUUCCCGGAGAGUUUUGCGCUCGCCGGUAGCUUCUCGCAAAAGUACAUCGACGUCGAGAGGCGCUUCGCGUACAGCACGCCGAAGAGCUUCCUCGAAUUCAUCAAGCUCUAUUCCGCGAAGGUGGGCGGAGCCGUGAGUGCUCUCUUCGAUAAGAAGGAGCGCCUGGAGAACGGUCUUACCAAGCUGAAGGAGACGCAGGUUUCUGUUGCCGCGCUCGAGGAGGACCUGAAGGCCAAGGCCGUGUUCGUGAAAGAAAAGGCCGACGCGGCGGAUAAGUUUGCCCAAGAGGUCGGUAUCGAGAAGGCUAACGUGAACGAAGAGACUGAGAAGGCGAACAUUGAGGCCGGGAAGUGCGACAAGAUCGCGAAGGAAGUCGCGAUUCAGGCCGCAAGCUGCGAGAAAGACCUCGCGGCGGCGGCGCCGCUGGUCGCGCAGGCCGAGGCGGCGCUCGAUGUGCUCAACAAGAAGGACUUCCAGGAACUGAAGGCAUUGGGUAAGCCGCCCGGCGGCGUGGAUGUUGUUUGUGAGUGCGCAAUGCACCUCCAGGCGGGUAUCAGCGCGGACAUCGAAAUUGACAAGAAGGGAAAGGUCAAGGACACAAGCUGGAAGGGUGCCCAGAAGAUGAUGAACAACCCGGAGAAAUUUCUUGAGAGUCUCAAGGCCUUCAAGCCGGCGAUUGACGACGGUCUAGUGCCUGCGUCGAACAUCGAAGCCGCUAAGAAAGCGGCCGCCAGCAUUGGCGACGAUUUCACACCGGACGUGAUGCGUAAGAAGUCUCUUGCUGCAGCCGGGUUGUGCGAGUGGAUUGUGAACAUUAUCAUGUACUACGAAGUCGUCGUCACGGUUGAGCCGAAGAAACAGGCCCUGCGCGAGGCCAACGCGACGUUGGCGGAAGCAGCCGACAAGCUGGCCGCGGUGAACGCUUUAGUCGCGGACCUUCAGGCGAAGCUCGCGAAACUGAUGAAGGACUUCGACGCCGCGAUGGCGGACAAGGCUGCCGUGAUGGCGGAGGCGAAGAAAUGCCAGGACAAGCUGGACAUGGCCCAGCGUUUGAUCAACGCGCUCUCCGCGAACGGUGUGAUCUGGGAACAAACGGUGCUGACAGUCGACGAGGACCUCGUGGUGAUGCCCGGUGAGGUGCUCAUCUCGUGCGCUUUCGCGUCCUACCUCGGUGUCUUCACGCGCGAGUAUCGGGAGAGCUGCACCAAGGCCUUCAUGGACUUUUUGCGCCUAAAGAACGUGCCGAUCUCGAACGGCUGCGAUCCGCUGAAGCUGCUCGCCAACGACGCUGUCAUUGCCGGCUGGGCCUCGCAGGGAUUGCCCUCCGAUCGCGUCUCCUCCGAAAAUGGUGCCAUCAUGACAAACUCCCAGCGAUGGUGCCUGAUCAUCGAUCCGCAGAUGCAGGGUAUUCUUUGGAUUAAGAACAAGGAAGCAAGCAACAACCUGCAGGUCACGCGUAUGGGCCACCCCAAGAUGGUGAACACCUUCGAGGUGAGUCUGGAUACUGGUAAGUCUGUGAUCAUCGAGAACAUGGGCGAGGGUGUGGAUGCGGUGCUGCAGCCCGUGAUUGCGCGGAACACGAUUCGUCGCGGUAAGUCCCGAUUGAUCAAGCUCGGAGACAAGGAGAUCAACUUCUCCGCUGGCUUCCGUCUCUUCAUGCAGACGAAACUGGCGAACCCGCACUACCCACCGGAGAUUCACGCCGAAUGUACGAUCAUCAACUUCACGGUGACGGAAUCCGGUUUGGAGGAUCAGUUGCUGUUUCUGGUGGUGAAGCUGGAGCGCCCGGAUCUGGCGCGAUUGAAGAGCACCUUGGUGGCGCAGCAAAACGAAUUCAAAGUGAAACUGGCCGAGUUGGAGGCUUUGCUUCUCGAGAAGCUUGCAGCUUCGGAGGGUGACAUCCUCGAGGAUGUGGACCUGAUUCUCACUCUGGAAGACGCAAAGAAAACCUCUGACGAGGUGAAGGAAAAGUUCGCUAUUGCGCAAGACACGGAGGCGAAGAUCAACGAGAUCUCCGAGAACUACCGGCCCACGGCCUCGAAAUUAUGCACGACAUCAACUUACUUGUAGUGGAAAGUUGUAUAGAUGCAAAUCAUACUUAGAAAUGAGGUGGCCAAUCUUGACCAGCAAGAGAAAGUUUUUCCUCUAUUUGAAGAUGCGUCUACCGCGUGGAUAAACAGAAUGAAAAUUGUUUCGUUGCUGGAGUGCUCUAAUCGCUGGCGCAUUGUUCUUCUUCUUGUUGAUGGACCUGCGGAAGAUCCACUCGUUCUACAAGUACUCCUUGGAUGCGUUUGUUGGCGUCGUGACGCGUGCUAUCAAUUCUGUGUUGCUGCGCAAGGCGAAAGAGGAGCCGGUGGCUGCCGCAGCCGCUGGUGGUGGCGGCGACGACGACGACGACGAGGAUGGCUUGGAUUUGGAGGACGAGCCGGCCGCGCCAGCCGGCGGCGGCGAGGAGGAGGAGGACGAAGGGGUGAUUGAGCUCUCUGGAAAAGAGUUGGUCGAGCGCGUCCACCUGCUCUCCGGUAUCGUCACGUCCUUCGCAUUCAAUUACACACGUCGUGGUCUGCUGGAUGUAGACAAACUGACGGUCGCGACGAUGCUUGCGCUCCGCAUUGGCGUGUUGACCAAGUCGAUUUCGCGGGAGGAAGUUGACAUUCUGAUCCGCGCUCCGCCAGACCCGAACGCAAAGCCCAUUCCCGAGUCGGCUCGCAGCUGGUUGACGGACGGAAUCUGGGGACAGCUCCAGAUGUUGGAGUCCUUGGCAGUCUUCAAGAGCCAGAAUGGCGCGCUCACUCAGAAUAUGGAGCAGGAUUCACUCGGCUGGCGCCGAUGGUACGGCGAAGCGCGCGCGGAGGCUGCGGAUUUGCCGCGAUCCUUCCGUGACAUCUCGCCCUUUUACCGUCUGUUGCUGCUGCGUGUGCUGCGUCCCGAUCGCCUCUCGGCUGCCUUGACGCAGUACGUCCACGACAACUUGGGCAACGACUUCGUUGAGCAAGAGCCGUUCAGUAUGGACUCCACCUACGAAGAGUCCAACUGCUAUUCGCCGUUCUUCUUCGUGCUCUUCCCGGGUACCGAUCCUACGCCAACAAUCGAAGCGCUCGGUCGUCGCCUGGGCGUCACAGAAGCCAACGGAAAGCUGGUCAACAUUUCCAUGGGACAAGGUCAAGAAAAUGUUGCCAUCAAUGCGCUCAACAAGUCCGCGAAGGAAGGCGGAUGGUACUCUAAACUUAUAGCUGAUGUGGAAUCAUCUAAUACGUUCACAAUCAUCAAGUACUUGCAGGAAUAAAUUUUGUCGAGUCCCAAAAAUAGUAACGGAUGAAAAUAGUUGCAGAUACUAUCUUGUGUAGGUAUUUUAUCUAGUCGGUUUUGCGCUUCUUCCUUGUCAUAGUUGAUUACUUACGAUUUAUUUUCAUAUAAGAAAAAUGCAAAAUCGACAAUUUUACCAGAGGGUGACGUUUCAGAACAUCCAUUUGAUGUACCGACGAAAAAUCAACAAUGUGAUGACAGGGUGAUGUUGCAGAACAUCCAUUUGAUGCAGAACUGGUUGAAGCAUUUAGAACGACAGUUGGAGAUUGUGGAGGAGUUUGCUUCUCCAGAUUUCCGUUGUUUCCUGACUUCCGAACCGCCAAGUGCCCUCUACGGUCCGCUGCAGGAGCUUUGCCCGGAGAGUAUCCUACAGAAGUGUAUUAAGAUCGCGGAUGAGGCGCCUAGUGAUGUGAAGAGCAACUUGCGUCGUGCUUGGUCCAAGUUCUCGCAGGACACCAUCGAUGCCUGCAUGAAGCCGCGCGAGUUCAAGGCGUGCCUGUUCUCGCUGUGCUUCUUCCAUGCGCUCAUUUCCGGACGUAUUAAGUUCGGUGCGCAAGGUUGGUCGCGAAAGUACCCGUUUAACGAUGGUGACUUGACGAUCUCAGCUACGGUCCAUAAGAACUACAUGAACGCAGCGCACAAGCAGGAGAACGAAGUGCCAUGGCCGGAUCUGCGGUACAUCACCGGUGAGAUUAUGUACGGUGGUCACAUCACCGAUCAGUGGGAUCGCCGCGUGAACAACACCUAUCUGGCAGUGCUGGUCAUCCCAGACUUGCUGUCGGGGAUGAACUUAGCACCGGGCUUCAAGUCGCCGGAUCCUUCGAAGAUGGACUAUCAGGCCUACAUCAAGUACAUCGAGGAGAAAUUUCCGCCCGAAAGUCCAUCUCUCUACGGUAUGCAUGCAAACGCGGAGAUCGGGUACACCAGCUAUAAUUCUUCUCGCAGCUGGUGCGUUUAGCUUCAUAGUGCGGACGGCGCAUUCACAGCAAUUUAGAUUAGAAGAAACAUGAACAAAACCAAUUCAAUAAUUUGGAACCAUUGCAAACCACGAGAUAGAAGAGAGUAGGAGUAUGAAUAUUUCUGGAGGCCUUCCCAUAGUUCUUCAAAAAACAAGGUAUCUCACGGACACGGGUAUCAAGAUUUUCAGGACAAUUAUGAACACUGCUGGUGGUUCGGGUGGAGGCGGCGGCGGCGAUCUCGGCGCAGUGCAGCCGCUGAUUACCGCAUUCCUCGAAACAUGCCCGAUUCCGGUCGACAUGAUGGAAGUCCGUACCAAGUGCCCACCGGAAAUGCGUGCGGAUCCGUACGUGAUCGUGUCUUUCCAGGAGUCCGAUCGUAUGAACAUCCUCCUCGGCGAGAUCAAGCGCAGCUUGCUCGAGUUGGAACUUGGUAAACGGCUUUGUCAUCCUUUUUUUAUAAUGUUUUUCUCAUUUCAAUAAAGUAUAUCUAUCUUGUGUAAUUUCUCAGAUAUAGAUAGUUCAUCUAAUCAUGUAGUCAACAGCUUAUAGUUGGACUUCAUUCAAAAGUAUUUGUUAAGCAACGAAUCCGAAUUAUAAUACAAGAAAGGGCGAAUGACGUGUUUUUUCAUUUUUACAUGUUCACUUAAAUACCUCUCUCGUCAACGCGAGUACAUUUGAUUUUGUUCAACUCUUUAGUUUUUCUUUCGUGACUGACCUUUGGAGAAAUUUCCAGGUAUCGCGGGAGCAUUGAACGUGACAGAAAAGAUGGAGGCGCUUGCGUCAUGUCUGAACAUGAACAAGGUGUAUGCCGGCUGGGAGAAGCUUGCAUACCCGUCAUUGAAGUCUCUCGGUGUGUGGAUGCCGGAUUUAGUUUUGCGCGUAGACCAGCUCAAGGCGUGGACCGACAACGUGAAGCUUCUUCGAUCCACAUGGUAAUUUGUACACACAAGAAUGCAGGAAUAGGAAUUCCAAGGCAACUGGUCUGACAUGAUGAUCCACAAAAUUAACAAAAUUGAACGGAAUCAAUGGAUACAACCACACCAGGUUGCCAGCGCUGUUCAACCCGAACAGUUUCUUGACGGCGAUCAAGCAGGUGACGGCACGUUCCAAGGGACUGCCCUUGGAUUUUAUGACCAACCGAAGUUUCGUGACCAACUGGCACGAAGUGGGAGACCUGCCCGUAGAGCCGAUCUAUGGUGGAACCUUCCUCCACGGUCUCUUCAUGGAAGGCGCAAGCUGGGAAGAAGGUAGAACUUUUUAGUUACUCGAUAGUGUUUUGGGUACAUUUUUUUAAGUUGAAUUCUCUACAACAGAGUAGUACCUCUGCCUUUUCUUGAUCACCAACAACUACGUGGUUUUGAAUGAUUCUGGAAACAGCUCUUUACUUAAUCUCUUACGACCCUACAAUUCGUUUCUCACUACAGGCAAGGGCGGCGACGAAGGUUACAUCACGGAUAGUAAGAUGAAGGAGUUGCGAGCAGUGAUGCCGGUUAUCAAUUGCUACGCCUUGCUGUCGACCGAGAUGACCUGGGAUUCGAUGUAUCAUUGCCCUGUCUUCAUCACUUCAACCCGUGGUGCUACAUUCGUCUACCAGGCGAACAUGCGCAUGGACGCUGACGACAACGAGUUCCGCUGGGUGUUGGCGGGUGCUGCGAUGCUUCUCACCGAGGAGUAAUGGAGCAUAUCGCAAUAAUACUGACUCUUCGAGUAGUAAUCUUCGGAGGUGGAGGAGCAAUAGUUAGAAGAAGAACUACAUACAAAACCAGUUUUUUGGAAGCAGACGUUUGAAGACUUGUAACAGGACGACUUCAGAGCAGGGCCCGUGAGCCCGUGGGUAUGCAGAAGAAUCGGAGGUGGAUGCGUCACUCGCGGCAAAGCGUCGUCAUUCUAUCGAACUGGAAGUAUGCGAAGACUGUAGAACUGGUUGAAUAACAGAUGAUAUUUAGAAAAUCAAUGUGAUCGAAGAAAGAGUCUGACUAUCGUGCUUGAUGAACAAAUGUCUGCUUACAUUAUCAUGACUCGGAUGAAGAAUAUUUACAGUUACAGAUUUGAUACCAUUCUACUGAGCAGUAUAUUCCUUCAGGUUGCUUCAUAUUUUGUUCUCUUUCCUGUCUAUUCGCGUUCUUAUGAAAUUGUUACAGAGAUCUACAAUUAGUACUACUUGCAGUUAAUCUUAUUAUUCAUUGCGGAACUACAGCUACAGAAUUCGAAUUUGUGAAUGUACUACUUCAUCUAGAUAGAAAAAAUAUGACGAUGAACACAUGAUCGUAGUACCUAAAAUCGAAAAAGACUGAUGUGUGUAGUUGUAAAGGUCGAACGGCGACAACUGAACGAACCUUCAUUCCUUGACUCAAACGGACUGUCGUGCCUUGCCUGGAAGUGGUCUAGCAGUAAGUAUCGAUUUUAGUACUAAUUUAGUUUAGAUGAGUAAUGAAAAAAUGUACUAAGUAUAAGCUUGACUAUUUUCUCAGUUUACAAGAAUUAUCGUGUCGUACACGAUUGGUUCCGGGGUUGCAUAGAAACGUCGCGCCUGGUUUCUCGCGUGGAAAAUACAUCCUGAGCAGCUUCCGAAGAUUGCUCCGCCAGCCACGGAUAGCACCGAAAUUUUCGUGCAUGCAUACUGGAAAUUGCUGCAGCUUCCCUGAUUCCGCUGCUUACUCGGGAUGAAAAGAGACCACAGCUGCUAGAGGUAGCUUAAGGGGUAAAUAGCUGCUUCUGGUUGUAGGCACGGGUACUACUUAUAAUAUGAUAUGAUCAUGCACAAUCUUGAUCUUCUUGAUGUCCGCUGGUGGCGAGACAUUCUGAGGAGUUGCAAAAUCAGUUUCCUGAAAUGUACAGAACUGCGCAGAUAGUGCUACGAAAAUCUAUUUUAGUUUCCAACUGAGAAACCAAGGCAAGGGCUCCUUGGUAGCAAGGCUGUGUCUACUUGCGGCCACGAGG